UGCUGGCAUACAGGACUUGUGUCACUUCAGCUUCAAGGAAAGAAUUCUGCUUGAAAUUUUGGAAAUGGGAUGCCCAGCAAAGUAGGAAAGACAUUCUCCUUCUGGGUGCCAUCAAGAUGAGUUAAAUUACAACAUCUAUUGUACUAAUCUGAUCAUCCAGAAGGCAUCAUGUUGGAGAAGGCUAAUACAGAGUAUUGAACUCUAAGGACCCAUGGUUUAACUCAAGAGCGGGCAUCUUUCAAAAAGAUUAGCCAAAAAACAAUGGCUAAUACAUUUGCACGUCUCCUGGUUGGUCGAAGAACUGCGGCUUUAGUUGCAACAGUCAGUACUGGAGCUGUGGCUACUGGAUACUUUUUAAAUCAGCAAAAUGUGAAAGCUGAAUCUUUUGGACAUAGGAAAUUAUUUCCUCCCAGUGCAGACUACCCUGAUCUUCGCAAACAUAACAACUGCAUGGCUGAGUGCCUCACUCCAACAAUCUAUGCCAAACUGAGGGACAAGAUGACUCCUGGUGGCUACACACUGGAUCAGUGCAUCCAAACUGGUGUUGAUAAUCCUGGACACCCUUUCAUUAAAACAGUGGGCAUGGUCGCAGGAGAUGAAGAAUCCUAUGAGGUAUUUGCUGCGAUUUUUGAUCCUGUUAUCAAACUAAGACAUAAUGGAUAUGAUCCCAAACUAAUGAAGCAUCACACUGACUUGGAUUCUUCAAAGAUUGCCCAAGGACAAUUUGAUGAGCAUUAUGUUUUAUCCUCCCGUGUACGCACGGGACGAAGUGUUCGUGGCCUAAGCCUCCCUCCUGCCUGCUCCAGGGCAGAGAGAAGAGCUGUUGAGAACGUCGUUGUCACUGCUUUGUCUGGGCUGAAACGAGACCUGGCUGGAAAAUAUUAUAGUCUGACAACUAUGUCUGAAAAGGAGCAACAACAGCUAAUUGAUGACCAUUUCCUAUUUGAUAAGCCAGUUUCCCCUUUGUUAACGUGUGCUGGAAUGGCCCGUGACUGGCCAGAUGCCAGAGGAAUAUGGCACAACAAUGAUAAAACAUUCCUCAUCUGGAUCAAUGAAGAGGAUCACAUUAGGGUGAUCUCCAUGGAAAAAGGCGGCAACAUGAAGCGGGUUUUUGAAAGAUUUUGUCGUGGAUUGAUAGAGGUUGAGAGGUUAAUUAAAGAACAAGGAUGGGAAUUUAUGUGGAAUGAACACUUAGGAUUCAUCCUGACCUGUCCAUCUAAUCUAGGAACUGGAUUACGUGCAGGAGUUCAUGUUAAACUUCCAAAACUUAGCAAAGAUCCCAGAUUUUCAAAGAUCCUGGAAAACCUGAGACUUCAGAAGCGUGGCACAGGUGGAGUUGACACAGCAGCUGUAGCAGAUGUAUAUGAUAUUUCCAACCUAGAUCGCAUGGGUCGAUCAGAGGUGGAACUUGUCCAGUUAGUCAUUGAUGGGGUGAACUAUAUGGUUGAAUGUGAAAAGAAACUGGAGAGAGGCCAAGACAUCAAGAUACCACCACCACUGCCUCAGUUUGGCAAGAAAUAAAACUGCAUCUGAUUGGAAAUAUUUUUUGGGGUGGGUGGCUAUGUAUUCUAUGUUCCUUUACAAUAUUAAAGAGAAAUAUGGGUAACAUUUUUCUUCAAAUAGGUACCUAUUAAUCAGGGUGUUGGUCAGGGUUGCUGAGAAGAAGACAAGAAUGUAAGAUAUGGAAAUGUGCAAAAUACAAAUAGAAUAGAAUAGAAUAGAAUUUUAUUGGCCAAGUGUGAUUGGACACACAAGGAAUUUGUCUUGGUGCAUAUGCUCUCAGUGUACAUAAAAGAAAAGAUACGUUCAUCAAGGUACAACAUUUACAACACAAUUGAUGAUCAAUAUAUCAAUAUAAAUCAUAAGGAUUGCCAGCAACAAGUUAUAGUCAUACAGUCAUAAGUGGAAAGAGAUUGGUGAUGGGAACUAUGAAACGAUUAAUAGUAGUGCAGAUUCAGUAAAUAGUCUGACAGUGUUGAGGGAAUUAUUUGUUUAGCAGAGUGAUGGCCUUCGGGAAAAAACUGUUCUUGUGUCUAGUUGUUCUGGUGUGCAGUGCUCUAUAGCGUCGUUUUGAGGGUAGGAGUUGAAACAGUUUAUGUCCAGGAUGCGAGGGAUCUGCAAAUAUUUUCAAAUGUUUACAAAUGGUUGUAAACAUCAUUGCUGAAGAGUAGGGUUGUAUUUGAAGAUUAGUAGUCAUGGAACAUUUUCCUGUGAAGUUUAAUUUCAUAAAGCAAUCUCAUUUCCUUUCUUUUUCUUUCCUUUCUCCAACUAUUUCUUCCAAUGUCCUUAUUCUAUUCAUUUUGUUCACAUGUUCAUCUUUCCUUAAUCCUUCCUUCAGUGGGGGGAUUCAAGUAAUUUAACAACCGGUUCUCUGCCCUAAUGAUUUCUUCCAACAACCAGUUUGCCAAACUGCUCAGAAAAUUAACAACCGGUUCUCCUGAAGUGGUGAGAACUGGCUGAAUCCCACCACUGCCUUCCUCUUACCCAACUCCAUUCCCCCCCUUUCCCCCCCGUUUCUGGACACCAAUAUGCUUGAGAAAAUGUAGUUUGUGCAUAUGAAUUUGAAUAGUUGUUAUAUAUAAGUGGGAGCCAAAUGUUAAAAGUAAAGUACUAGUUAUUACAAGCAAUGCAUUUUAUUUUACAUUUUAGUAAAUAAAUAAUUCAAUGUUUUUAUUUAUUCCUGGCACAUGCAUAUACAUAUACAAAAAUGUGCCAUAUGCACACAUUUAUGUAACUAUAGGUGGGUGGCGGGGCAAUUCCAAGAUUGGUUUCAGAUGGUGAUAGCAACCCUUGACUAGCAAGAUGAAGAAUUUUUAUUAUUUUUUCCUCCGUACAUUUCCUUUGAAUAGAGAAAAAAAGUAUUGGUUGUUCUCACUUCAGAUAAGCACAAAUUAAUGUAAUAUAUUAUUAUAUGUAAAAUUAGAUCUUAGUGGCAUGUUAAAUAAAUAAUCUCUGAUGCCUCAGAUGCUA